ACGUUGGUGUAGAGGACAUUGGCUACCAUGAGUUCCGGUGCGCUGUUGCCCAAACCACAGAUGCGUGGUCUUCUGGCCAAGCGUCUGCGGGUUCAUAUUGUUGGCGCAUUCAUUGUGGCCCUGGGAGUUGCUGCUGCCUAUAAGUUUGGCGUGGCUGAGCCAAGAAAGAAGGCAUAUGCAGAAUUCUACAGAAAUUAUGAUUCCAUGAAAGAUUUCGAAGAGAUGAGGAAGGCUGGUGUCUUUCAGAGUGCGAAGUGAUUUCAGAAUGCAAAGAAUUCUCUGGAUUGCGCUCCAUAGAAGUUCAUUGCUGACCUGCGCUCCUCAACUAUGAAACAUGAAUAUGUGGGCUAAGGAGUAGUUUCUUUCAAUAAACAGUAAUUAUAUGGACAAAAAAAAAAAA